AGUAUAAGUACUGUAGUCUGGUGCGAGUAGCUGUUCAAGGCUCGCUGAGCUUUUCUCCUUCAACUUGCUAAAAUCAGUGACUCGAAACAUUAGGUAAGCCCUGAUUAGUUUCGAAUAACACCAUAUUCAUGGAGGAUCUACGUACGGCGCUUGAAACCCUUAAUUCCUCAACAGCAGCCAUACUUGAACAUCUCAAAGGAGACGAUGCACAUUCCACAAAGUUACUUGACGAACUCGAAUCGGCCCCUGAUCAUAUCAGGAAAGCAAAGACCUCAAUCUUCGAGUCUACUACAGCGAUACAGCAGCUUAUCGCGGGUCCGGUAGAGUAUCACCAGCAAUUAUUGAUUCACUAUCAAUACACCGCUUGUGUACGGUGGCUAUCUCGAUAUGAAGUACCGACGAUUGUGCCCGAGCAGGGCAGUAUGACCUACUACGAAGUUGCUCGGAAAGCAAGUGUGCCUGAAAGUCAGCUGCGUAGGAUCUGUCGCAUGGCCAUAACGAGUGGGCUGUUCCAGGAAGUCGAUGAGGAUACACUGGCGCAUUCAACCCUGUCGAAGAAGCUCCGUCAAGGCUCUCCUUUCCUUGAUGCCAUGAUGUUCUUGACGGAGAUAAGCUCCAGAUCUGCGUCCAAGAUGGUAGAAAAGACGGAGCGUUUCGGGUUCACCUCUUCGAAAAACGAGACCGCUUUCAACAUCGCAUUUGACACGGACUUACCUUUCUAUGGCUAUCUAUCCCAGAACUCGGCGUUGGGUGCUCGAUUUGCAGGCACAAUGAGAUUCCUCGGUGCUGGUCAGGAAUUCAACCUCGAUCAUCUCAUCAAUGGGUAUGACUGGGCAGGGUUAGGGGAGGCGACGAUUGUUGAUGUUGGCGGAUCACAAGGCCACGCGAGUAUUGCGUUAGCGUCCAAGUUUCCACGUCUCCGUUUCAUUGUGCAAGACCUUCCGGACGUCGUCGAACGCGCCAAAAAGAGCUUGCUUUCCUGCCCACUCGAACCAUCUGUGGCUUCCCGCCUGACGUUCGAAGCGCACAAUUUCUUCCAACCACAACCGCACUCAUCUCGCGGCGCAGAUGUCUUUUUUGCCCGACUUAUCUUCAGUAAUUACGAUGACAAAGAAGCUGUAGCCAUCCUCAAUAACCUUGUCUCCGCGAUGGGGCGAACUUCGCGGUUGAUCAUCAUGAGUGCCGUGCUACCCGACCCUGGGACAGUAUCUCUACGGCAAGAAGCACUCGAAAGGGCUACCGACCUGGGAAAGCUACAGCUAUUGAAUGGAAAAGAGCGCGAUCUACGAGACUGGAAAAUGCUUUUCGAGCAGGCUGAUGCAAAAUUAGCACUUAAAUCCAUGACGAAGCCCGUGGGAAGUACUCUCAGUAUUCUGGAGAUCAUAUUGGAGGGUGCAAGCUAGCCAGUAUAAUGUCUACUUGGAAGAUACUUACUUAGAAGAAGGAGUUUGACUUCCGAAAUGCCAUCCACAUCCCCAGUGCAUCACAUCUCAUG